AACAUAAGUUGGCUGAUCAACUGCCCAAAGAAAAAGUUCGCUGAUCGGAAAAGGAAAAACCUCAAGGCACCUCUGCGAAACGAAACCGGCAAGUCGCCCGGGCAUACCGACGAUCGACCGGCCGGCCGGCCGGAAGGUUAGCUAUGAACGCCGCCUUAAUGUGCUGCGUGGCGCGGCAAGCGCGUGAAGCAAGGGACAGGGUGGCGAUCGGUGUCCCGCUCACGGAGCCGUUGCGGAUGCGAGCAGAGGGCGAGGCCUGGGUGGCGAUCGGCGUCCCGCUCAUCGAGCCUCGUCCGCGGCGCAAGCCUAGCCCCUGGGAGACGCCUUUAAUAUGGUUUUUUGCGAUCACCGGUGGAAUUGUAUUUACCAUUAUGAUCGUCAUAAUGGAUGCGUCACUUGGUGCGAAAAUAGUUUCUAUAUGCUUAUUAUGGGCUUUUUUCAUGACUGGAGCACUCUGGAUUUUGUAUGAUCUCCGCCAUGCUCCAGAGGACAUAACAUAAUUCCUAUCGCUUCACUUCAAGGCUGGUUUUCUUGAUUGUUGUAAUAAUAUUCUCCAUCCGUCUCAUAAUGUACAUGCGCACACACACAAUAUUAAUGCUUUUUUCAUACUUUUUUUGUUUAAUAUUGUGGAUGUCGAUAUUUUUUCUCUGAACUUGGUCAAAGUUAAAGAAAUUUGACUUACAAAAAAACUAAUACUGCUUUUAUUCU